UUCAUACUAUCCUGUUUUCUAAAAGAAAAAAAGUAGAAAUAAAAUUAGGUUUAUUAUAUACAUAAAAGAGUUAAAAGGUUAUGUCAAAAUGAAUAACGAAGAACAAUCUAAACAUUUUCAAUAGAAAUAGCCGAAAUCAUGCAAAAAUAUGUUUUCGUAAAUUAUCAUUUAAAAUUAGUUCACUUAAAGUGGACAUAAAUUGUUUGUAUAUCAAAUUCAUAAUGAUAAUACAGUGAAUUCAAAGAUUUUUCGCAUGAGAAACUGUUCGUGUGUGCAGUGUCCGCCAUUUUGCUUUCUUUAUAUCUGACAUGUCUUUCUAAUGUUAUUAUCGAUGAAUGCUAAAAUUUGUGCGUGAAUCUUCAAUCUCGUUAGAGUGUAUUUUGUACGAAAAAGGUCGGAUUGCUUCUGAUUGGGCAACAACCUCCAUUACUGUUGGGAGUAAUUUCCAUUGUCCCAACCUCGGUUAAACUAAACGAAACGAGUUCAUAAAGAGGGUUUCGUGAUAGUAUUUGUGAAUAGUUUACCCUUGUUAUAGGGUAUAAAUAUGCUGCAAGAUUCAUCUUAUGAGUUUUUCUGACUAUAUUACUGAAACUUGCUUAUAGUAUUUUGCAAAGUGUCUUAUUGCCUAUAUAAGGAGUGAACAUAACCAAACAGUGUUGAUAUCCAACAUCAUGUACUCAUGUCAACACUAGAAAUAAAAUGUUUAUUAAUAUGGCUUUGAAUUGUCAAAGUUUGUCAGAACUUUUAGAAUUCACAUUCAAUGCUUUAAUAUUUCAUGUAAUGAAAUUGUUUGAAAAUGUAUAGGGUAUAUUUAGUGCGAAUUGCUAUGCGAGGCAAGGAUUGUUUUUAUCCUGAUUUAACCAUGGACUAAGUUCACGCUUAUUGUUUGAACCAGGUGACUUUAGUAAUCAUCUGAUACAUAUAUGUACAGGAAUAUGUGAAUUUAAACUUAUACUUAUAGUGAUAUAUAGCUUUAAUUGAUCUAGAUAUUAUUGACUACUAAAGUAUUAUUUGCACUUUUAAAACAUAAAAUAAAUUUUAUUGUCAUUUAACUAUACAAGAUUUUUUGUAAAAUUCCACUAUAAAAUUUGAUACUAAAUAAUAGGUAAUCAGUUUUAAUGUUUCUAUCAAAGCAUAACCCAUGACAAAACUAAGUUUUGUACAUAUGCAGAUACAUAUGUAUAUAAGUUGGGUGCGUAUUAAUAUUAUUGGCAUAUGUAGUGGAUAUGACUAUUUUAUAAGUUAUUAUACUUUGUACAAAAUUUCAUUUUGUUAGUUGUAUUACCUUGAUGCAUAUGUAAACAUUAAUGUGUAAAGCACAUACAAAAACAAUCAAACUGUGAUAUAAUACAAUAAAAAUAAUUUUUUAUUUUUUUAUUCUCAGUAUUAUGAAUUCAGAAAUAUUUAUGUAUGGACUUGGAUCUAGGCACAUGGCUUGAACCAAGUUUUAUCUAGAUAGGAAGAAAGAUUUAGAGGAUUUGAGAAUGCAGGUGGAACAAGAUACAAGGAAAGCGGUAAUCAAUGAAGGUCCCUAUAUCCGAAAACUCAAACAUGGACAAUAAAUUGAAGUUUUCGGAUCGGUUGAAGGCUUUGCUGAAAACUGAGGCUCGUCAAGAUGUCGAUCCAUAUAUUUUCAGUGAACCAGAGCCAUUUGGUACAGCGACAGGAAGAAAUGUUUCAAUAGUGUCAUCUAAAAAUUCUAAAGUAAUGCAAAAUUGUAAAAAUAUUAAGACUAAAGAAAAAUGUAUGAAACAAAGAAUAAGGAUAACAUCCGUACCAGAUGCGGAAUUCAAAGAUGUACAAGACCGUGCUGUAGAAUUAGAUGCUGAUUGUAGUGUUGGUGGUGGUGGCAGUGGUAGUGGUGAUGGUGAACAUAUAGAUUAUAAAUUUGCAAAAGCAAUUCAACAGAAGCAGCGUCAUAUUGAAAAUUUACAAAGACUAAAAAAUAGAAAGCAAAGUCGGGACCAUACACUAUUGUAUUAUCCUAGAGCUGGGGAUGAAAUAUCAGAUAGUGAUUCUAGUGGAGAUGAAAUGACAAUUUAUCAACGUUAUUGGUUUUCUGGAGAAAGCACUUCAACAUUGAAUCGUUCUGCACGCCUUUCUCAAUUGCGUUCCCAGCUAAGAAGAAGAUUACUUCAGUUACAUAAAGGUGGAACAGACUCAGAAAUUUUGUUACGUGAUAGAGCUAGAUGUCUUUUAGAAGCUGCUUGCAAGGAUCCUGCAUCUACAGCAAGAGCUUUAAGUGGUUCUCCAAAUACAAGUAAAGUGGUUGACGGGCCACUUCUAGUUGGUGGGCUUUGUGGAGCUGAAGGAUGUCAACAGAUAUCUUUGCCCUGUACUCGCCAUUGUUCUCGUCAUAUUAUGUUGAAUGGAGAUCAACUUUUAUUUGAACAUUGCACUGCCAAAUUUAGUGAUAAUACACAAUGUUGUAUUCCUGUGUUUGAUGUUGCACAUGAAUUACCUCUUUGUCCAGAACAUGCAAGGAAAAGAGAUAAUUAUCAUCGUAAAGCCCAAGAGUCUAAACCAAAGAAAGCUCGUAAAAAACCAACAUCUCCUACAAUUCCCAGGCCUAAACCAAAAUCUAGGCCAAAGAAACGAAAACGGCCUCUUGCAAAUAAACUUGAGAUUAAAGAUCCUACUCUAGUACAUGAAGAGAGUCAAUAUUUGAAUCAAAUAAACUCUAGUGAAAAUCAGACAAAAACUUUGAAUAAUUUGAAUACUGUAGCACAAGGAACUUCAAAUUCUGCUAACUUAAAUUUAGGAUUAGGACUUGGUCUUGGAGGAGGACUUAAAGAUCUGGGAGAUCAUGAAGUGUUUCCUUCUUUGGAUCCUGCAGAGCAUGAUUUUGGCAAUGUGCUCAACAACUUACCUGCUGAUGCUUUUAAUGACCUCUUUAUUGAAGGCAGAAAUGGGGAAUAUGAACCAUCAAGAGAAGAAGAAGAAGAAUUGGAGCGAGCAUUAGAGGCAGUGGAUAAGGAUGUACGGAAUUUGGAAAGAAUGGGGCAAACACAUGGACUUUUAGAGCCAGCUUUAUUGGCUCAACUUAUGUCAGAUAUUGCUUCGUAGCCCCGCCUAUUUUAGUAAUGUAAUAAUUUGAAAACGAGUUCACGUGUGUUCCUUACAAUAUAGAAAAAAAUACUGUUUGUGUAUGUGCUGCUAAAUGUAAGAUUGUGUUAUUGACUUUCGUUAUGUAACUAUAAAAAUCCGAGAUAAUGGCAGGGAUUGACAUACAGAAAGUAACAAAAAAUAGUUAACUAUUACUAAUUUAAUAUAAAUUUCAUUGGGUACAAUUGUAUCAUAUAGUUAGAUUCCCAUAAAAAGGAAGAAAAGAGAUCAUAUUUCUUAUAAAUUCUACAAAUUCCAUCCUUGCUAAAAAAGUAAUCACGAAAAAAUCGUAAAAUCAUCUUGUUCUUUUAUACAUUUGCGAAUUAUUUUGAAUACAAUUUAAAAGUUCAGUUACAGUGUUGUAGCUAUAAUGGUAUAGCAAUAAAUACUUUUUGCUUAUGACAGAUACAAAAGUCAAAAGAAAAAAGCAGUCCUACAAAGUAAUUCUACUAUAUUUGAAUUUUUCAGGGCACAUAAAUUUAUUUUUACAUACUGCUUUAUUCACUAUUAAUGAUUUUUAUUUUGUUUUUAAGUACCCUGAUAUAACUGCAAAUAAUAGUCAUUAAUAUUUUGUAAAAAUAUAAUCAAAUGAUUUUAUAUAACUUCUCUAAGUUGUAUGAAGUUUCUAUUUUAAACAGAGGUAAAGUCUUUUAUUAAAAGUCAGUAUAUUAUUCAGUUCAUUGUAUGUUUUGAUAUGAAUAUAACUUAGGUUUUGUUUAAACAGAAGUUAGAAGUUUUAACGGAUUAUUUUCUACUAAGAAACUUUAUUUAUAAAAUAGAAUUGCAUGAACACAUGACUGAACUUAAAAAAAACUACAUAUACAUAUAAAUGGUCAUAUUCAUUUUUUAUCAUCUGCCUGCUGUAACAAUAUAUGCGAAUAAUCGCAAAUAAUCUUAUUGAUAUAUGCAUAAUCAUCACUAUCAUCAUUUUCUUCAUUUUGUAUUAUAAUCAUAUAGAUAAAUGUUCAGUAAUAGAUAACUGUAACAUAUAAUUAAAGAUUCAACUUAAUAAGAAGUGCCGAAAUAGUUUCAUUUUUGAUAUCUUUAGUAAUUGUAAUAUGAUUCAAUUUCUUUUGCAGCCUAUAAGAAAAGAUGACACGUGAUAUAUUAUUUUAUUAUUCAAAGUAAAAAUAUAUAAAAUUCAGAUUAAAGAAUUGUAAGAGGGCACAGAUUCUGAGAAAAAAAACUAGAUUCCUCUGGUUAAUUAUAAGGACAACUAAAUCAUUUACUGCCAUUUAACAUUUAAAUGAUUACAACGUAGCUGUAGUAUUGACACUAGAGUUAUCUACGUACAUGUAAUAUUUUCAAAUGUACACAAUAUAUUUCAAAUUAUCAUAAUUUUAAUACAUAUCGUAAUCGAAAUUAAAGAAAAAGAACUAUGUUGAAUCACUCUGUAGACUAUAAAUAAAUGUCAUUAGAGAGUAAAGCAGCAGAAAAAACAACUUACUUGUGACACUAGAAUUGUACAGAUUUUUGUGAGAUCUAGUUUUUAUUAUCAAAGUUUCUGUGCCAAAUGUACUAGUUAAGAUAUUAAUUUUUGUACGUUACAUGUGCGUGUCAUUAUUCAUAAAUAAUAGGUCGCAAGGAAGUAUAUCUUGAAUAAUAAAUGUUUUAAAUGUAAACCAAUGCAAAUGGACAGUAAUUUGCCACUUGUAAAUGGACAAAAAUACAAUAUAAUUUACAAUUUAACCCAUAUUGGGAUUAAAUUAAUGUCGUAUAUAUAUUGUUAUUAUAUAUAAUGGUAGUAAGUAGGUACAAUAAUUAUUUAUAUAAGGACAAUGCAAAAUUUAAUCUUAAAACAAUGCAUUGCUUCAAAUGUACCUAUAUAUGUAUCUCCUUGUAAAAUAUCAGCAUUAGUACGCAUUAUUAGGCAUUACCAAUUAUAAUAAGCAUAUUUUUUA